CAGUCUCAAACUUCCUCCAUUCUCACACACGUACACACGUUUUGCUUUAUUAGUGCACCUGUUGGCCUGAAGUGAGUGCCGCAUUUGCUUUUUGUUCUUCUGAAGAGAGCACGAUGCUUAGCUAUCUUCUGCUGUUCUUUUUCUUCAACAGCACGGUGAAAUCUUGGAAUACAACAUUUUCUACAGUUCCUACAACGUCACCUUUGGAAACUACCAACAGCACAUCUGCUGAAGAAGAUGUGCUAUCUUUUCUGCAGCUGGUGGCCACACCAGACUACCCAGUGGCAGCAGGUCAAAAAGUCAACCUACACUGCAGCACUCUCGACGCAUCAGAUGAUCUCAUUUGGUCCUGGCAACGCCUGGAAAAUCAGACCUGGAAGAAAGUGGGCAGUGGUAGGGAUGUGACCCUCACUGAGCCAGAGCAGAGCGGCCUUUACAGCUGCUGUGCUGAGUUCCAGUCCUCUCGAAUCAUGAGCUCGAACCACACUGUCUACAUCGUCGCUAUCCAUGCAACGGUUGGUGAAAAAUUAGGAACAGCUGCCUUCAUUCUUUCUAUCCUGGCCUUGAUCAUCAACCUAGCUAUUGUUUUUUGGCUGGGUUGGAAAAGACCUGGUGACCCUCUGACCACCUCUAACACUGUGGCUAAAGGUUUUCCCACACCUGAAAAGUCACCAAAGGGAGAUUUGCCGAAGAUCGACAAUGACGGAGAUGUGUACAUAAAUUACACACACACCAACAGUGCCUACACUGAUCUGGACACCACGAUAACUGAGGAUAAUUUGUACUCAGUUCUGUCAUGAACAUGUGUGAGUGGGUGGAGAUGUGCAAUUUAAAAGGAGACAAGCAGACUCAAGGUUAGGUAAUACCCGCAUAUAAAGCUCAGCAUUGCCUUUGAGCUGAUGAAUGCACAGUUUGUCUGUCUAUGGGUUACCUCAAACAACAGAGCCUACUUUCUUCCCUCUUCUCCCCAUCAAGCAAUAAGAGAUCCAUCUUUCUGGGUGUGUACAUGUUAGGAAAACCUGUAACUUUCUACUAUAUUCUGUGUCUUAGAGUGAAUGUAGUGUUGAUGGGCAGAUGUCUCCCUGCUUGUUGAUAUGUAAAAAAAGUGACUUAACUUUAAUCAUCAUGACAUAUUAUAUUAAACAGUGUGUCACACCUCCUUUUCUUUUAACAAUACUUGGUAAUCCUUUGGGAAUUCUAUGACUUCGACAUGGACCACAGACAGGCCAGUCUGCUACUGACUCUCUGACACUCUUUAACUACAAAUCCAUACUGUUGCUACACAUGCAGAAAGUGUUCUGGCACUGUUGUGCUGGAUUAAGUAGAGGAACUCCUGAAAAAGACUUAAUGGCAAUGUAUGUGGCUCCAAAACCUGUAUGUACCUAUGAUCACUAAUGAUGCAUUCACAAAUGUCAGAUGCCAUCACAGAUGCUGAGUUUUGAAUAUGACAUAAUUUUAACGUCAAAAACAGCGUGAAGUGUGGACUGGUCAGACGACAGCACACUUUUCCACUUUGUGUCAGUUGGUCUCAUUUGAGCUCAGGCUCAGAGGAGUCGUCUGCGUUUCUGGAUGUUGUUGAUAGCAUGGCUUUUGCUUUGCAUAGUAGAGUCUUAACGUGUAUUGUAGAGAGAACGACAUACUGUGCUUACCAACAAUAGUUUUCCAAAGUGUCUCGAGUCUAUGUAGCAACAUUCAUCGUACAGUCAUGUUGGUUUUUAAUGCAGUGCCACCUGAGGGUCAUGGCAGCCUUUUACAUUACAUGCAAAUAUCUCUCUGGAUGUUCAGAAUUUUUUGAUGAUAUUAUGGACGGUAGAAGGUGAAAUCCAUAAAUUCUUUGCAAUUGUGUGGAUGUCAAUUGAGCUAUAUGUCCACACAGUUGUUCACAGAGUGGUACACUUUGCCCCAUCUUUGCUUGUGAAUGCCUUUUAAAGAUGCCUUGUUCAUAAACAAUCAUGACACUGUCACCUGUUACCAGUCAAAUCUGUUAACCUGUUAACCUGUUGAAUGUUCCAAACAGGUGUUUUACUUCCUGUAUUUUGUUGCCUCUUUCGCAACUCUUUUGAAAGUUGUUGCAGGAAUUAAAUUCAGAAUGAGAGUUUAUUUACAAAAAAACAAAACAAUAAAGUGCAUAAUCUUGAACAUCAAA